GUGCCGUUGAGAAGUCUCCCGAGAUUGCUUGAAGACAUCACACAAACUUUCGUAAUCAGGAUGCCGUCAGCUCUGAACAAAGUGCUUUUCCUUUCUGCCACACUGGCGGUGCUCAUGCGUCUCGUGGACGCGGUGCCUGCGUACAGCAGCAUGGGGGAACUCUCGGAAACCUCUGGAGAAGAAGUUCAGGACGUGGAUGUGAAGAGUCUUCUGAACGACCGGCACAAAUGGCAUCUGAUGGCGAGAGAUCUGCACAAGGACGUGAAGAAGCUUCGAGAUGAACAGUUUGAGAACGAUUUCAGGGAGGCGGUGAACAUGACGGCGUAUGAAGGCGUCCGGGUCAGCACGCCUCUCCUCAAACCUUCUGACGGCUGUCUGUCCAGAAACUUCAGCACAGAAAGGUGUCUGGGGCGCAUUUACAGUGUCCUGACGUGGUAUAAAGAGAACUGGAACUACAUCGAGAAGGAAAAUCUGACCUCAACCCUGGUGAACGACAUCAAGCACGGGACGAAGCGACUGCUGGAGGACAUUAACAGCCAGCUCCAGCUGGGCGAAGGACAGGUGGACCCGAUCCCCAGCGGUCCUCUGUCGGUCAGAUCCGCAUGGACACGCAAGGCCACCGUCCACUCCAUCCUGUUCAACUACACCAACGUCAUGAUCGACACAUGCAGAGCCAUCAGUUACAUGAGCAAAAGGAAGGGUGGACACCGGGGGAAGGACACGAAGAGACCCGGACACUGGACCUCAGACAAGAACUAAUCAAUACUCACUUAGAGAUUUAUUUAUUAAUCAUCGCAGUAUUCGAUUCAGGGAAUGAGAUUUUAAUAUUUAUGAGUAUGUACUUUUUUAACUUAUUGAACGUUAAAUGUUGUUUGUACAACACGGAUAUUUAUAAAUGUAAUAUUUAUGUGUCUUUACUUUUAUUUACUUUCAUUUGUACAACACUGAAAAUCUGUGCUGAUAAAUAUUUAUUAAACAUGUUUAAUUUAUUUGAAACGGAACGUUGAGCACAUCCUGAGAUUGUUUACAAUGACUAUUCAGAUUAAAAACAACAAAGAAAAUCCAGUUACAUUGUGUGUGUUUCUCAAGACAAUGUUUAAGAAAGACGUAGUAAAA